AUGAGGCCGCCGCGCCGCCGCCCCGCCCCGCCUGUCACCGCCGGGGAGCGUCGCCAAAGUGCGCGCCCGCGCGCGCCGCCCGCUGUCACCGCCGGGGAGCGUCGCCAAAGUGCGCGCGCGAGGCGUCGACCGCGUCGGAGCCGCGGGCUGCGGGGGGCGCCGCGCCUCCGGCUCCUGCCGCAACACGAGACGUUUGCCAAAGCCCGCAUCUCGGGAGACCAGGCGGGAAAGCAGCGAGUGGCGAGGGCGGCGCGGGGAGACUGUGGGACGAAGGGAAGCGGGAACGAAUGGACCACGGACCGCGGGGUCGCGGCCGUCAGGGGCGCCCAGCGCGCCGUCGGGGUCCAGAACUACCUGGAGGAGGCCGUCGGGCGGCUGAAUUGCGCGGCGCCGGCCACGUUCACCGUGUCCAGCCGCACGGACGCAGGGGUGCACGCGCUCUGCAACACCGCACACCUGGAUGUGCCGCGCCGGCCGGGCCGGCCGCCCCUGGCGCCGGAAGCCCUUGUCCAGGCGCUCAACAGGCACCUGACGCACCCGGCCAUCAGGGUCCUGCAGGCCUCGCUGGUGCCCAGCGACUUCCACGCUCGCCACGCUGCCACGUCCAGGACCUACCUGUACCGGCUGGCCACCGGCUGCCGCCAGCUUGCCGAGCUGCCCGUGUUUGAACGCAACCUGUGCUGGCCGCUGCGCGCAGACCGCCUGGACGUGGCGGCCAUGCAGGAGGCUGCCCAGCACCUCCUCGGGACGCACGACUUCAGCGCCUUCCGGUCGGCCGGCAGCCCAGCCGGCAGCCCAGUGCGCACGCUGCGCCGCGUGUCCGUGUCCCCCGCCCCCGCCAGCCCCUUCGCGCUCCCCCAGGAGAGCAGGAGGCUGCGCUUCUGGAGCUUGGAGUUUGAGAGCCAGUCGUUCCUGUACAGACAGGUCCUGCCCCGGGGAACCACAGGUGACCCUGGACGCCCGGCCAGAGCCGGAGCCUGGCUGCUGCACCCAGCAGAGACCCGAUGCCCUCGGCCCCCCCACCGUGCACAAGGAGGCCACGCCCGUGCUCCAUCUGCCUUUACUGAACUGCCCAGAGGUCGAGUUAAUAAAAGACGAGGAGGCCCCGGAGGCCGACCUGUCCAUGUCUUCAGCCAGCAAUGCCGCUUGAGCAGAUGUGGGACCAAACCUGGGCGCGGGCUGUGUCCACCCAGGCCCCCGCCGUCCAGGCGCAGCAGUGGGUUAGCUGGGCGCGGGCUGUGUCCACCCAGGCCCCCGCCAUCCGGGCGCAGCAGCAGGUCAGCUGGGUGCGGGCUGUGUCCACCCAGGUCCCCGCAGCAGCGGGUCAGCUGGGCGCCUGGGGCAGGCCUUUCUUGA